AUGUGUGCCUGGGUGACUUUGUUGCGUACUUCGGGCCCGACGCUCUUUGAAAGCGCCCACAAUAUGCUAAGAACAAGUUUCUGCACCUCCAUAUUUUCCAGCACCGAAACGGAGUCCACGGCGUCCCACAAAAGUGGAAUUUUGGUGUACCAUUCGACUGGGAUUGUUUCGUUUGACAAGAACAACCAGCACAAAUUAUUGAGUGCCACUAGCACUUUGACUGUGAGUUGGAACACUUGCGCAUGUUCGUGGUUAUACUUCAAAAGAUGCAAGCACGAGGGAAAGGCAACAUCCAACAAAAAUGCAACAAGCUCAUUGUUUAAAGACACCGACUCUUCGACAUGGCUUUCGUUUAUGGCCAAAUAUUCGCACAUGGUGGUGAAUAAAUCGAUGGUGACAUCGAUGGCCUGGAGAUCGAAUCUCGCCUGGAUCUUUUCGGCCGAGUCAGAACCAAAUGCAAUGUCAAUGUUUUGUGGUUUUUCGUCAUCAGCCGGCUUGGGUUCGGGGAGUUUCUCCUUCUGGCUCAAUUGA